UUGUGGGCCUUCACUGUCCCAACGUCGUACCAUUUUCAGAUUUUCUAGAACCCUCCACACUCAGACAGACCAUCGUUGUUGCUGUCGCCAUUACCCUUACUUAAAACACACCACAGUCAAAACCCCCUUCCUCCCGAGCAUCGUUUCCACCCAUUCUGUUCCAAUUGAGCAAAUUAGGGUUUGAUCGAAGAAAUGAAGCAUGCGGACGCUUUGUGAUGUCUGCGAGAGUGCUGCUGCUAUUCUUUUCUGUGCUGCCGACGAGGCUGCGCUUUGCCGCUCCUGUGAUGAUAAGGUCCAUAUGUGCAACAAGCUUGCUAGUAGACAUGUAAGAGUGGGGCUUGCUAAUCCAAUUGGCGUGCCCCAAUGUGAUAUUUGUGAAAAUGCACCUGCAUUCUUUUACUGUGAGGUGGAUGGUAGUUCCCUCUGUUUGCAAUGUGAUACAGUCGUACAUGUUGGUGGCAAGAGAACCCACCGGAGAUAUCUUUUGCUAAGACAAAGAGUUGAGUUUCCGGGAGAUAAAUCUGGUCCAACAGCCGAGCCUGCUCUGGCAGGUAACAAUAAGAGCGAACAUAGUCUCUCAGACAAACGAAUGGUUGAUGAUGAUGAUCGGCCGAAUCACGUGGUAUCCCCUGUUCCAAACAUAGAUGUUGAUGCUGAUAGAGCUAUUGAAAAUGAAGCCAGAAUGAUUGAUCUGAAUAUGCAGCCACAGAGGCUCCGUGACCACACCUCGAACAAUCAGGUAUAAGAUAAGAUGAUUGUGCAUUCUCCGGUGGCUGGCGGGGUGGCUGUAUGCUGUGCAUCAUCAUUUCUAUCUAUCAUACAUGUCUUCCUUAAACGAGAUGUUAGAAUUUAUGCUUUAAGGUAUGUAUUGUUUUGGGUUAGAGCUCCAAACUUUAAGAGCACAAAUUUUAAAUUUAUUUGUUUUGGAGAUGGAGAUGGAGAUGAGAUGUUUGCAUCUGCUUGGGAAGAAAAGAAAUUUGAUGAA